AUGUCUCACAUUCCUCCACCGCUGGGUGGGGGUCCUAGCGUUCAAUCUUUUGGAAGCCUGAGCAUUAGCGAGGAUGAACUUGUAGCUGGCGGUAUUGCAACAAUGUCAGCCACCGAACCUAACUCUUUCACAUUGGAGAGACAGUUGUAUGGCAACGAAAUCCUCUAUAUGGUGGAGGCUGACAUAGUCUACAGAAGCGAUAUUGCCCUCCUCGCGCAAUGGGAGGAGGCACGAGAACAGUGUUGGCCGGGAGAUUUUCGUACACACGAAAGAGACGAAAUUCAGAAGUUCAGAACACCUCAACAGCUCCUUGAAUCACUUGAUCGGAUGGCAUUGCAAUACAAUGACCACACUACAAGCCGUCUGAUUGCUCAAAUUCAGCCCUGCCUCCGAACGCUUAAAUCCUUUUCAGGGUUGUUCAUAACGUCCCUGGCAAUCAGAUCCUUGGACUCGAGCCACCCGUUUGAGACAACUUUACUUUGGGGCUUGCUUCACCUCGUGAUUAAAGGAGCAAUUACCUCGCACGACACCUUGAAAGCUACCGUGGAUAUUCUAAGGAGGAUCCGCCAACAGUUGCGUCUAUUCACAAAAUCCUUUGAGUUAGUGACUGAUGUAAAACCAAUUCGCCAGGAGCUUGUUGACAUGUUUGUUGCUCUGAUUCAUUUUUGGACUGAAGCUGCCCGAUGGUUAAGAAGUACACCCAUCUCUCCAAAAAACUUCCAAUUACUUAACGAAAGGUUUAAGGACACAUUGAGGAGGCUGGAGGAAUCCGUCAGCAUCGUUGACAAACUUACCGACACAAGAACCAGGAGAAGAGAUACAUCUCCAGAUAUAACGUCAUUGUACGAUGACCAAGACCAGAGCAAAGCUAAGUUUCCUUGCAAAGCGGGACUACCGUCGUUGAAUCCAUAUUUCCGUUGCCGAACAGAGGAACUGAUGGCAAUGAGCCAGUUUUUCCAAAAUCAAACUGCAACGGAUGAGCUGCGGUGCUUCAGCAUCUUUGGGCUCGGUGGAGUGGGAAAGUCAGCCUUGGCUCACGCCUUUAUAGGGUCAUGCUUAACAAUGCAGAGAUAUGAUGCAGUAUUUUGGGUCAAGGCACAAAAAGCAGCAGACGUGCGAGAGUCCUUCGCGGAGAUUGCUCGUUGCCUGGAAUUGCCAAAAGGCGAAGAAGAUGAUCUUGUACAAAACACUAAAAACUGGCUUAGGAAAACAGCAAAGACAUGGCUUUGUGUAUUCGACAACGUGGAUGACAUGCGGAUGUUGUGCAAACAGAAUUUCCUACCAUAUCGAGGCGACAUCGUAAUCACCACGCGUUAUAAGGAGCAGGCCCUCCAGGCUCCAGGCCGUCAGAAAAGAUUAGAACUCGACGUUUUAAGCGAUGAGGAUGCCCUCAACGUAUUCAACUCACUUAGGCUGAGAUAUGAAUCAUACGAUCCUACACCUCGAGAGGCAAAUGUCGAUGCAGAAUCCCUCAAAGCAGAGCUCGACACAACAAAAUACUUGUUGAAAACACUUGGUGGCCACGCAUUGGCAAUUGAACAAAUGGCGGCAUACAUUGCUCAUGAAGGAUUAUCCCUAGAAGAGUACCUUGACGAAUAUGAGAAACAGUCGCGGCGAAUGCACAGGUUUGAGGGCUUCACGAAGGACCUGACUCAGCAUCAUCUUGCCACUUUAUGGGAGAUGCAUUUUGACGCUUUGAGCAAAACUAUACCUGGAAAGGCGGCACUACAGCUACUUGGUCUGCUAUCUCUUCUUGCGCCGGACAGCAUUCCAUGUAAGCUGUUUGAGGUCGAGGAUGAUGUCUCAUUACCAGACGCCCACGGCGGCUUGUGUAAAGACGAGAGCGAGUUUGAGGAUGCUCGAGAUCUUCUCGUUAAGCUGGCACUGAUCAAGAAACAAGGGGACCGACACAACUUAAACUUGUCCCUUCACCGCCUCGUGCAGAAAGCCUAUGACUUUAGCAAAUACGGAAAGCUUUCUCGACAAGAGUCAUUUAGCACUUUAGCGACUCUUCUGAAUGCAAAAUUCCCAAAAAUGGGUGGUACAACGUCCCUGUACGGCCACUGGCAGGAAUGCUCACUCUGGCUUCCGCAUUGCCUUUCUCUUGCCGAGACAUUUGUUAGGCAAAAGGAAGUACGGCAACGCCUUCGCUCCUCUCCAGAUCUAGACGAGGUACUGAAAAAUUGUGCCUGGUAUCUCUUGGAAAUCAGCGAGAAUAGCGAGAGUCUGAAACUGAUCGCUAUCGCCCAGGAUGCAUGUCUGGACAAAAAAGGACUCCUUUACUCUCAGCUAUGCAACAAUGCGGGUUGCAUUCAUUUCGAAAUGAAUCAGAAUAUCCCGUGCUGGGAAAGCUUCUCCGCAUGUUUACGCAUUCGCGAGGAAUUGCUACAUCCUGAUCACCCCGACCUAGCCAAUACUUACAGUAACAUAGCCAACUAUCAUGCCUCAGUAGGUGAACUUAAAGAGGCCAUGGAAAUGCACUUGAAAAGCUUCGAGAUCGGAGAAAGAGACCCAGAAACGGAGCCAGAAUAUAAGGGGCUUUCGCGCUUGGGCAUCGGCAGAGUCCAUUUCUUGAAGAGGGAAUUUGAAGACGCAAUUAACCAAUACGAGGAGGCCCGAAAGCUUUGGGCAAGCUUAGGCCCGGGUGGAGCCUUUAUGAUGGCAUACUACCACUUUGAUAUAGGGAAUGUUCAACUAGCUCGGAUGGAUUUCCAGAGAGCAAAGAAAAGCUUUAAAGCGGGUGCCGCUAUCGCCAGUGACAAUCCUACCAGAAUUCUGUUGGGUUCCUUCCUGUACAAAAUCGCCAUUGUCCAAUUCCACCGCGGAAAACUUUCCAAGGCACUGGGGCCUAAUCUGAACAGGGAAAAUAUCGAGAAAGCAAUUAAAAUUGCCGAGCACCACAACUUGCAAGGUCACGUCGCUAGAACUCUUAGAUUAAAGGCAGCCGUUAUUGAAAAACAGGUACCGCUCUCCAGCGCCAAAAGGAAGGAGGCAGGGGAUCUCAAGCUUCGGGCUGAGAUGCUGAAGACCUUUUUGUGCGAAAAUGGGGAAAUUGGAGAACUUCCAGGUGACAUACCUGAGGAUGAAGCUUACGAUCGAUUGCUCGUUUUCGGUGCUGUUAUUUCGGAAGGUCUUUCUCUUAUUUACACCUCCUCUUCAGCGAGUUGA